AUGGUGAUAGACAGCCAUAAUCACAGUGAUUAUUCUGAGAAAGUGCAGAGAUGUCAAGAUUAUAUAAAGGCGUUAGAAGAAGAACGUUGCAAGAUUCAAGUAUUCCAACGUGAACUCCCUCUUUGUCUUGAGCUUGUCACUCAAGCAAUUGAGGCAUGCAAGCAGCAGUUAUCUGGACCAUCAACUGAGUAUAAUUUGCGCGGGCAAUCUGAAUGUUCUGAGCAGACAUCAACUGAAGGGCCAGUUUUCGAAGAAUUUAUUCCUAUUAAGAGAAAUUCCGAUGAUGAACAACAACAAUAUAAGAAGCCAAAAAAUUAUACUAGUGUUAAUGGGAGUGAAAAAAGUUCCAAGAAAUCAGAUUGGCUUAGAUCUGUUCAACUAUGGAAUCAAACCCCAGAUCCACCCGUCAAAGAGGAUUCACCAAGAAAAGUUUCAGUUGUGGAGGUAAAGAGAGAUGGAAGUAGUGGUGCAUUUCAUCCAUUUAAGAGAGAAAAAAUUGCUGGCACUAGUGGUGCUACAACUGCUACUGUACAAGGCCCAAUGAAUAGGGCGGCGCAGGUGGCUGCGGCCAGUUCUUCGGUGGAGACUGGUGGUAGCAUUGGCGGUGGGAGCGGUGGAAGUAAAAAGGAAGAGAAGGAAGGACAGUCUCAAAGAAAGGCAAGGAGGUGUUGGUCACCCGAGUUGCAUAAAAGAUUCAUACAAGCCCUUCAACAACUUGGUGGUUCACAUGUUGCUACACCUAAACAAAUUAGGGAUUUGAUGAAGGUUGAUGGCCUCACAAAUGAUGAAGUUAAAAGUCAUUUACAGAAGUAUAGAUUGCACACGAGGAGGCCUAAUUCUUCAAUUCACAAUAACAACAACCCACAAGUGCCGCAGUUUGUGGUGGUGGGAGGAAUUUGGGUUCCACCACCGGAAUAUGCUGCGAUGGCAUCUGGGAAGGCACCGGUAGUUGCCACCACUUCUAAUGAAAUAUAUGCGCCUAUUCCUGCACUACCACCACCCUUCCACGAAACAUCAUCGUCCCCUAAACGAAGGCAUCAAAAUAAUCAGUCAAAUUCCGAUGAUCAAGGCAGCCAUAGCGAAGGCCAAGUUCAUUCUCAUUCGCCGGCCACCUCCUCAUCCACACACACGACCACUGCCUCCCUGGCUUAUUGA